AUGAGAGCUACGAAUUCAUCUUCAGUCACUCAAGCUUCUUCCAGCAAUUUAUCAUGCAGAAAACUAAAUAGAAAAAGAAAGAUUCCAAAUAUAUCUCAGAUACCCAUUUUGGACCUAACAUCAGAUGAAGAUUUACGUGAUCAACAAAUCCGUCAACAGUUAAUAUCAGAUUACUUGGACCAUGGUGACCAGACAUUUGUGUGUACGAUGUGUCAUGCACAAUUAUGGACAUAUGAAGCUCUUAAAGGCAAUACUUCCGGAAAGAAAACUUCUUAUUCCAUGUGUUGUGGUAACGGAAAAGUCGAGCUUCCUCAAUUAAAACAAGCUCCAACAAAUUAUCAAAAUCUCUUUCGUAAUGUUGAUCCAAAAGGAAAAAAUUUCAUGAAGAAUAUUCGUCGAUUCAAUUCGAUGUUUUCCUUUACUUCAAUGGGUGGAAAAGUUGAUUCUUCCAUUAAUAGGGGCAAUGCUCCAUAUGUUUUCAGACUUAGCGGUCAAAAUUACCAUUGUAUGGGAAGUCUUUUACCUAUAGACGGAUCCAAACCAAAGUUUUCACAACUAUACAUAUAUGAUACUGAAAAUGAAAUAACAAAUAGACAACGCGCUUUCAGUACACAGAACGAAGGUUGCACAUCAACUUCUCAUUCUCUUGAUAUUGAAAUCAUUAGAUUUUUGAAGGACAUGUUGGAUUCGACCAAUGAGUUGGUUAAGUGUUAUAGAAUGGCCAGAGACUGUUUUGAUGAAAAUCCUCAUAUAGAUCUAAAGUUACGUCUUAUAGGAAGAAGGCAACAAGAUGGAAGGACAUAUAACUUACCUACUGCUUCUGAGGUUGCUGCUUUAAUUGUUGGUGACAUUGGCGAUGCAAUUGAUAAUAGAGAUAUCAUCGUAACAACUAAAUCAGGAAGUCUACAACGUAUAAACGAAUUACAUCCGGCUUACCUUGGUCUUCAGUACCCACUACUCUUUCCAUAUGGAGAUGAUGGAUAUAGAGUUGAUAUACCUCACAGGGAUGUUGAUCCUUCAACUAAUACCAAACGUCGUUUCUGUACAAUGAGAGAAUUCUUUGCUUAUAGAAUUCAAGACAGAGUUAAUGUUUUUUCAUUAAUUCUUAAUUCAAGAAGGCUUUUUCAACAAUUUCUGGUUGAUGCUUAUACGAUGAUUGAAACUGAGAGACUAUAUUACAUACGCAACCAGCAAAAAGUUCUUAGAUGCGAAUCUUAUGAAACUUUAAAAAGUGUACAAAGUCAUGACUUAAAGAAGAAGAGGUUAUUGGGUUUGGUCAAAGCAGUUGUUUAUACGGUGGAGUUUCAAAAGCGCGGUCUGCCUCACGCACAUAUAUGUUUAUUCAUGCACCCUGAUUACAAACUCCCUACUGUUGAACAUAUUGAUCGAGUUAUUUCGGCAGAAAUUCCAAACAAAGAUGAUGAUCCAGAAUUGUACUCACUUGUCAGUGAGUUCAUGAUGCAUGGUCCAUGUGGUUCUGAUAAUCCAAAAUGCCCAUGCAUGAGUGAAAACAAGUGUUCGAAAAACUUCCCGAAGCCAUUCUUGGAGAAUACUUCCGUUGAUUCAAAUGGUUAUCCUAUGUAUAGGAGACGUAAUGAUGGAUCUUUUAUAGAAAAGUCAGGUGUUAAGUUAGACAACAGAAGUGUUGUUCCAUAUCACAAAACCCUUUUGAAACGAUAUCAAGCUCAUAUUAAUGUUGAGUGGUGCAAUCAAGCGGCUUCCAUCAAAUAUUUGUUUAAAUAUAUUAACAAGGGUCCUGAUCGGGCUACUGUUGAAGUUGCACAAAACAACAACGGAGGUGAUAAUGAUGAUGCUCCGGUUGAUGAAAUAAAGAACUACUAUGAUUGUAGGUAUUUGUCUGCGUGUGAAGCUUCGUGGCGUAUAUAUGGAUUUGAUGUUCAUUACAGAUAUCCUUCAGUUGUAAGGCUUCCGUUCCAUCUUCCUGGAAAACAAAAUGUUGUAUACGGAGCAGAUGAUGAUAUUGAAGAUGUCCUCAACAAACAAUCUGUUUCUUCUUCGAUGUUCUUAUCUUGGAUGAGCUGUAAUGAACAUAAUGAGGAUGCACGAAAACUUUCUUAUGUUGAGUUUCCUACAAAAUUUGUAUGGAAACAAGAAGAUCGUUGUUGGGAGCCAAGAAAGAAAGGGUUUUCUAUUGGGAGGAUUCACACAGUUUCACCUAAUCUCGGUGAAGCAUAUUUUUUGAGAAUUCUUUUAAAUAAAGUCAAAGGUCCAAAAUCAUUUCCAGAUAUUCGUACAGUUAACGGACAAGUAUGUCCUACUUUUAGGGAUGCAUGUUAUGCUCUUGGACUUUUAGAAGAUGAUAGAGAAUAUAUUGAUGCCAUCGAGGAAGCAAGUCAUUCAGGAUCUGGUUAUUAUUUACGGUUUCUAUUUGCAACUAUGUUAAAGUCUAAUAGUUUGUCUAAACCGUGUUAUGUUUGGGAAAAUACUUGUCAAUACUUAUCCGAUGGAAUUCUCUACAAUCAACGAAUAAGAUUAAAGUCUCCAGGUUUAUCCCUUAAUGACGAUCAACUUAAAAACUUGACGCUAUAUGAGAUUGAAAAAAUUCUACUCCAAAACAAUUCAAGCCUUAAAGAUUUUGUUGGGAUGCCUUACCCUGAUCAUGAUUCGAUAUCUUCUUCAAACAACCGUUUGAUUACUGAGGAGUUAGAUUUUGAUAUGAACAGUCUACAACAAGAAUCUCAUCAACUACUUGAUUCAUUAACAAUUGAACAACGAUCAGUUUUUGAUGAAAUCAUGACAGCUGUUAAACAGAAAAAAGGAGAGCCUAGCAAGAAGAAGACUAAGGCAAGGAAGCAAAAUGCUCUGUCACCUACACCAGUGAAUGGCGUUAUCACCUGCUCCCACUGA